UCUGAGGAUUUAGUGUUCGUCUUAUUGUGUCUUUGUGUUUGGUUGGAUGUAAAAUCGUCAUUUUGUCUUCUUUUGCGAUUGGCUGAUUGUUCGGUCUUAAAAGAAACAUGUUAGGAAUACAUAAAUUCGGUUUUCUUGUCGGAUUUGUCGGUUACGCGGCAGCACUGUCGGUUCUUCAACCAGAAAAUAUUCUUGAAGGAUUUUCCAGCUUUCCAUCUCACCACAUUAAGCGCCGACAGGCUUCCACAGGAAAUCUCCAAACCCCGGUAGUUCUAAACCAAGGGAAUAGUAUUUUGAACCGCCACCGUUUCCAGCUCGGACUUGAAGAAAACAGCCAGAACCGCCCUGACUCCUCCGAGGACUCGAGUCUUGAGUCGUUGAAGGAUUCGAACGCUUCAGCAACUUCUAGAUCAAGGGACUCCGGUAGUGAGGCGCCUCGGAUAACGCUGAGGACUUCUCCGAUCCAGGCACGCACACGCACAGCCGGUGUCGUUUUCCCAACAGUAACACCAGAGCCAUCCAGUGCAGACGUAACUACGCUUUCGUCACCGUCAGAGGAAAGAAACUUUGGAAGAUCCCUCAGUGCUCCCAUCACAGAAUUCACGGGAGCCGAAACGACGCCUCUUCCCGGUGCUCCGUCGCCCUUUGACCCGAAUUUGGAGCUCUUUGAUGUUGGGACUCGAGUGAUUGUCACAGCGCCCCCUAGGCCUUGUCCAGGAGUGUGUGAAUUCCGCGCUAGGAAUGGUCGUUGUUUCGAAAACUUCAAUUGCUUCCGAAACCAAUUCCUCUUGUAGACGAAAUUCUCAAAGGCUUCCAGGUUAUUAUUUUUCUUAAUCCAUUUUCACGAAUCUGUUUUUAUGUAUAAAAUAUUGUCAUGCCCCUAGUUAUUUAGAUAAGUUUCUUUUGUACAUAGGUUUACACGGGCAUUUUAGUACAUAAUUAUGUUUCCAAUUUAUGUAUUCCGCCUUUUGAUAAUAUACAAGAACUUCAGGUCCCUCCAAGAAAUAUUCUCGUAGAUGAAAUUGUACUCUUAAGAUUUCCCAGGUCAUUCAAGUGUAUGGAAUUCGUUGCCAAAAAUAAAUUUAUGUGAAAAGUAAUCUCACUCUUAUAUUACUUCUGUAUGUAGGUUUACACAGGCAUUUCUCUUCAUGUAAUGUGAUACGCCUGUUGAUAGUGUGUAUAUAUAUUGACAUGAAAAAA